UGUCAUGAGCACUGCAGUUAUUCCAGCAUCAACUCCUCCCCAGAACUAAUAUUGACGCGCUGGUCUUGCUUACGAGUACGAAGUGCAUAUUUUCGAACCUGGCUGGCGUCUGCCUGACUACCAGGAGCUAUGGACCAGCUCACUCGUCAUUUGCUUGACAAAGAAGUCAAGAAGUUUAUUGAUUCGAUUGAUCCAGCUUUGGUCUGCAAAUUGGCUACGUUUUUGCAUCCUGAGAAGAAGCUUUGCCAGGUCUUCUCAGAACCAAAGAAGGGGAGCUACAAUAUCUGCUUUCCUAUCCUCUUUACAAACACGAUCACAACCAAUCCAACACCAGAUGACGGGUUGACCGAGCCAGCCGAGCCAGCCGAGCCAGCCGAGCCAGCCGAGCCUGUUGAACGAUGGAUGAUCCGAAUUCCCCUGCUACCACAUCUUGCAUUUCCCGAGGAGAAGAUGCGAGGCGAGAUUGCAACAAUGAAGUAUAUUGCUGAGAGGACUACCAUCCCUAUCCCUCGUGUCUUUGCAUAUUCCAUCAACCGAGAUAACAUCCUUGGCCUUCCUUUUUUGGCUCUGGAGCACAUUACCGGAAAAACCCUUCAUGGAACUGAUGUGCCACGUCUUUCAGAUGAGCUGCAGUCGCAUUUAUUCAAUCAACUUGCGGAAAUUUACCUCCAGCUCUAUCAACAGCAAUUCGAUCAUAUUGGUGCUCUCACGCUUGACAGCAAUGAUGAGAAUUGGAUUUUUGAACAAAAUCGGCCGCUCACUAUUGAGCUAAAUGAUCAAGAACUCAGUGGCAUGAAGGGUUCUGAGAUUAUGCCCCUCAAGCGGACCUAUUCUUCUACUAUUGAUUAUGUGUUCACUAUUUUGAAAUUGAUUUUCAACGACUUUCACCGCGGGAAAGAUAGUGUUUUCAAUGAAGAGGAUGCACGGAACUAUCUAUAUGGUAUAUUUGCUUCCCAAGGCAUUGUAAUGGAAUGGGUUAAGCAUAAGGACAAUCAUGGACCUUUCAUCCUUAUGCAUGGUGAUCUUCGGCCUCCGAACAUCUUUGUGGACAAUGAUCUGAAUAUUGUUUCAAUCAUUGACUGGGAGUGGAGCCACACCAUUCCACCGCAAAUGUUCCUCCCACCUUCUUGGAUUACAGGUCAGGAACUUCCUGCUGCCACGAAAAAGCCCUAUGACUUUGCAUUUACAGUAUAUGUUUCCCGCUUUCAGCGUGCCGCGAUGGCAAGAGAAGACACAUUUUAUAACCCGGGGAAAAAGAUAAAAUAUAUCCUCCCCAUGGUCAUGCGCCUGUCAGAGAAUCUACUGUGGGGGAACAUGUUUAUUGCAUACGCACUCUUGAAACCCUGCUAUUUUGGGAACGUGUACUGGAAUCUAUUGGACCAAGAAUUUUAUGGAGAGGACAGCAAGCAGUGA